UGAAUGGAGUGAAAACUGACUGCUACCACCGGAUUUUGGAAUUGAUAGUGAUCGAGUUGAAUAACAUUAUAAAAUCUAUAUUAUUCGUAGAAAUCCUCGGUGAUAAUCAUAUAUAGUUAUUAUUUUUAGAAUUAAAUCAUUAGUGUAUAUUACGUUGUUAUAUUAUUUUGUUAUAAUAAGCCUGUGUCAAAAGUCGAAAUCACAAACACUAUUACGACUAGUGGAUUGAAGACAGACAUUCGCUAGGCGCAAAAAGAAAAUGGCGUGUGCUACACUGAAAAGAAACUUGGACUGGGAAUCAAUGGCACAGUUGCCUGCUAAAAGGCGAAGAUGUGCCCCAUUUGCAGCAAGUUCCAGCACAAGCCCAGGAAUAAAAAUGACUGAAAAUAAGCCUUCCACUUUUGGAGACUCAGUCACUGCACCUGUUAAAUUGACCCCAGAGCGCAUGGCACAAGAGAUAUGCGACGAGAUCAAGCGGCUGCAGCGGCGCCGGCAGCUGCGCUUGGCGUCGGGCGCGGCCGCCUCGUGCUCCUCCUCCAGCGGCAGCGAGGGCGACUGCUCGCCCCCGCACCGCUCAUCGCACAACUCGCAGAAGGUCCACAAUCGCGCGCUCUUCACAUUCAAACAGGUCCGCAUGAUUUGCGAGAGGAUGCUGCGCGAACAGGAGGCCGCGCUCAGAGCCGAGUACGAGAACGCGCUCAGCAGCAAACUGGCUGAACAGUACGAGGCUUUCGUCCGCUUCAAUUUAGAUCAGGUGCAGCGCCGCCCCCCGCCCGCGACGUGCAUGCCGCACGGCAUGGACGCGGAGCAUCACAUGCAUCAGGAUCUCGUCCCCAGCUUUCUUGUAUUAAAAAAAAUGAGUUUAACUAAUUCACAUAAUCCGAAUGAUGUUUAUGAGAAGGAUGAUAGAAGAAUAUCCAGAACAGACAUGAAUAUGCUUAUAAUGAAUUAUCUAGUUACAGAAGGUUUCAAAGAGGCUGCGCUGAAAUUUCAGCAAGAAGCAGGAUUGCAAGAACCAGCUUUAUGUAGUUCACUGGAUGAGCGCAUUAUGAUACGUGAGGCAGUGCAAAGUGGACGCAUCCCCGAGGCCAUUGCUAUGGUCAACUCCCUACAUCCAGAGCUCUUGGACAACGAUAGAUAUCUAUAUUUCCAUCUUCAGCAAUUGCAACUACUGGAGUUGAUUCGUGCUGGCAGAGCUGAGGAAGCUCUCGCAUUUGCAAGUGCUACCCUCGCAGAGGCAGGAGCUAAUGAUGCAGUAGCUCUCACAGAACUUGAGCGCUCACUUGCUCUACUUGCCUUCCCAGAUCCCCAUGCAUCCCCAUUUGCUGAUCUUUUACUGCCUUCACAUAGUCAAAAGAUUGCUAGUGAAUUAAAUGCAGCAAUAUUAAAGAUGGAAAAUCAAGAGUACACAAAUCCAAAACUAUGCAGUCUCCUCCGAAUGAUUCUUUGGUCUCAAAGUGAGCUAGACAAGCAUAACAUUAAGUACCCAAAGAUGACAGAUCUUGCUAAUGCUACAAUAGAACAACCAAAGUGAAUCUUUACACACAACAUUUUUUAUAAAUAUAGUUGUAACUAUGCUAAUUGAUAUUAUUCUUUUCCUUUUCUGGUUUACUAUACAUUGUUUUAAAAUAAAAUAAUAGAUUUCAAUUUUUAAAGGUUAAUUUAAAAUAGCUCAUCUUUAUAUAAAAGUAAAAA